UCCGUCUCCACUCUCACUCAAGACGACCUCAAGAAGCUCGCUGCAGACAAGGCUGUUGAGUAUGUAAAGAGUGGAAUGGUCCUCGGCCUUGGCACCGGCUCCACCGCCGCCUUCGNCGCCUUCGUUGUCGCCAAGAUUGGCGAACUUCUCAAGAGUAAUCAAUUGAGUGACAUUGUUGGAAUCCCUACCUCCAAGCGGACGGAGGAGCAAGCUAGGGCAUUAGGAAUUCCUCUCUCUGUUCUUGAUGAUCAUCCGCAUCUCGAUUUGGCUAUCGAUGGCGCUGAUGAGGUCGAUCCAGAUCUGAAUCUCGUUAAAGGCCGCGGCGGCGCUUUGUUGCGUGAGAAAAUGGUGGAGGCUGCUUCCGAUAAAUUCGUCGUCGUCGUCGAUGAUACUAAAUUGGUCGACGGCCUCGGCGGAAGCGGUCUCGCGAUGCCGGUGGAAGUCGUUCAGUUCUGCUGGAAAUACAAUUUGGUGAGGCUUCAAGACCUAUUCAAGGACGAAGAUUGCGAGGCCAAGCUCCGAUUGGACGCCGAUGGGAAGCCAUACGUCACCGAUAAUUCAAAUUACAUAGUCGAUUUAUAUUUCAAGACUCCAAUCAAAGACGGAUUAGCCGCCGGAAAAGAGAUUUCGGCGUUUGAAGGAGUGGUGGAGCACGGACUGUUCUUGGACAUGGCGACCGCCGUGAUCAUCGCCGGAAAAGAUGGAAUCGACAUCAAGACCAAAUGA